AUGGUAGCAGCAAUGAACGGUCAUAGAGAUACGUUUGAGUUACUUGUGAAGAAAGGAGCUAAUCUGUCCCCAGAGGAUACAGGAGACGAGUUUAUCCUUCACUGGGCCUGUUAUGGAGGAAAUGCGGAUAAAGUCAGGUAUGUCCUCCAGCACAAUGUUAAAGACAUCAACAGCAUAGGAUGGAAUGGACAGACGGCAGCAAUGACGGCAGCAGACAAAGGAUACAGAGUAAUAUUUGACUUACUUAUCAGAAAAGGAGCAGAUAUAACUGUGGAUGUGGAUGACGACGACAACGACAUCCUUCAUUUGGCGUGUAAAGGUGGAAAUGUUAAUAUAGUGAAGUAUGUCCUCAAACAAAACAACAUAGACAUCAACACCAAAGGAAACUAUGCAUUUACACCAGCAAUGAUGGCAGCAGAUGGAGGACAUAGAGAAAUACUUGACUUACUUAUGAGGAAAGGGGCUGAUCUGACACUGGAGGCAGCUUCUCGUUGCAACGUCCUUCACAUUGCCUGCAAAGGACGAUUUACGCAAAUAGUGGAGUAUGUAAUCUCGAAAGAUAUUGUGGACAUCAACAGUCAAGAUUUUCAGGGCAUGUCAGCUGUGAUGCUGGCAGCAGAAAGGGGACUUGGAGAAGUGUUUGACUUGCUGGUUAGUAAAUCUGCUGAUCUAAGAAGAGUAAAUGCAAACCAAGAGAACAUUCUUCAUCUGGCCUGUCGUGGAUUUAACAUGGACAUAGUGAAGUAUAUUGUUACACAGAAUAUUGUGGAUGACAUCAACACGAGAACAAAAAAUGAGGAGACUCCACUCAUGAUUGCAGCAAUGAGUCAAAAUAAAGAAGCAUUUGAUUUACUUCUGCAGAAAGGAGCGAGUCUGGCACUUGUGGAUAAAUAUGACAACACCAUUCUUCAUUCUGCCUCGUUUGGUGGAAAGUUGGAGAUAGCGGAGUUUAUUCUCGCACAGAAUAUAGUAGACAUUAACAGAAGAGGAGACGGCGGAAUGAGCGCAGUCAUGAUGGCGGCUUUUUUUGGAAAUAGAGAAGUGUUUCACUUACUUGAGAAAAAAGGAGCAAAUCUGUCAUUUGCCGAUAGAAACGGCCACGAUAUUCUUUAUUUGGCAUGUGAAAGUGGAAACAUAAAUAUUGUGAAAUACGUCCUUUCACACGUCAAUUUAAAUACUGCCGCCAAGAAAACGACAACUUCAGAAGCUGGAGACUUUUAUGCAGUGUGUGACCUAUUCUAUUCACAGCCUGACUAA